UAGUUUUCACAUGUAUGUGUUGUUUCACUUGAGACUUUAAGUGUUUUUAGAGUCAUGGAUGUGGCUAAGUUGUACAUGAACAACGACUACUCCGAAGAACAUGAACAUGAAUAUGAACAUGAUGAAGAUGAUGAUGAGAUGAUGAAAGAGGAGAAAGAAGUUGUGCUUCCUGGGUUUAGAUUCCACCCAACAGAUGAAGAGCUUGUUGGGUUUUAUCUUCGGAGGAAGGUUGAGAAGAAGCCUCUUAAGAUUGAACUUAUCAAACAUGUUGAUAUCUACAAAUAUGAUCCAUGGGAUCUUCCAAAAGUUGGUUCAUCAAUGGGGGAGAAGGAAUGGUAUUUCUUUUGCAUAAGAGGGAGAAAGUACAGGAACAGCAUAAGGCCUAAUAGGGUUACAGGAUCAGGGUUUUGGAAAGCCACAGGGAUUGAUAAACCUAUAUACAGUGCUAAUUAUAAUAAUAAUUAUAAUAAUAAUAGUAAUAAUAAUAGUAAGGAGCAUGGUGAUCAUCAUGAAUGCAUUGGACUGAAGAAAUCAUUGGUUUAUUACCGGGGAAGUGCUGGAAAAGGCACCAAAACUGAUUGGAUGAUGCAUGAGUUUCGCCUCCCACCCAAUAAUAAUAAUGGAGCAAAAUUAUUAAGCAAUAAUCAAGAAGCUAAUAAUGCUACCAAGGAUCUUCAUGAAGCUGAAGUGUGGACACUAUGCAGAAUAUUCAAAAGGAUUCCAACAUACAAAAAGUACACACCAAAUUUGAAAGAUUCAUCAACAUCACCACUCAUGAACAAACCCAUCAAUAACAUUAACCACCAAACUGAUUCCUCAGUAACUUCCAUAUCAUGCAGCUUAGAAUCUGACAACAACAAUAGCAAGCAAUUCUUGACUUUCACUAACACUAUGGGGAUUCAACAAUGUGAAAGGAAGCCUCUUGUUAUUGGACAUGUUGAUGAAAGGAACAACAACUUUUUCUUAGACCAUUCAUCAAUACAUCAUCAACAAGCUCCAACAACAAUUACUACUACUGCUUUGUCAUCAUCAUCAUACUCAUCAUGGAACCAGCACCAUGUUGUGGAGGAUUACUUGUUUGCAAAUGAGAAUUGGGAUGAUCUUAGAUCUGUGGUUGAGUUUGCCACUGACCCCAAUAAUUCCAAGGUUUAUCUAUGAUUGUAAUUAAAUAUAUGUUUUGAGAGGGUAUUAUUAUUAGGGUAUUUAGCUUCUUAAAACUACACUACUACUACUACUAUUACUACCAAUAAUAGUGACAUGUAUUACUAUUAUGUAUAUCUAUCUUACUCUAACCCCAAAUUCUUUUCUUGGGGUUGAAGUGAGAAAGUUUGAUAGAGUAUGUUUGUAUGAAAAAUAGGCCUUCAGUUUUGUUUUGACAUUGUUCAC